GAUACAGUGAUAUAUCUUCAUAUAUAUCAUGGGGGGCUAUAUAAAAAUGAUAUAUAGCAAUGAUAAAAAAAAAUAAAUAAAUAAUUCAUGUAACUCAUCAUCCAUUUGAUAAUGUGUAUAUUACCCUAUCUCUUCAAUUCCAUACAGCUUUAUUUUUAAUCCUUGUAUUGUCAAUAACAUUGUAAUAUAUACACAUGUGUAUAUAGUAUAUUCAAAAAGCAUUAAAUAAAUAUGUUAUCUCGUGGAUUUUUACGAUUUAUCAAGGCAGCUUAUGAAACAAAAAAUUAAUGUAUGUAAUAAAAAAAAAAAAAAAAAUCAAUAACGUAAGAAUGAAGGUGACUCGUGGGAUGUCUACUUCAAGCUGUUGAUUGUGCCAGAAUCGAUCAUCUUAUCAAGUACACAAGGGAAUCGUCGAUUUGCCAGUGAGUUUAUGAAUGGCGCUGGUGGAAUGGUGCAUGUACAAUGGACACAUUGCCAGCUAGAUCUAUGAAAGAAAGAACGCGAGAGUAAGAGAGCAAGAAGAAUAGUAUUUAUUCUCUUUAUGAAGGAAUGGGGCCCGGCGAUUGGCCGAUGGCUCGUUUUCGCUAGUAAACUCAACAAAGACAGAGACAGCAAGCUCACAUGAACCAACUCUCAAUGAUGGAGGGGAAAUGCGUGAAGAUGUGCGCGUUGGUAUCGGUCGAAGAUUUCUGCUGUUGUUUGCUUCCUCCGUGGCAUCUCUCCAUCCCUCGCCUUCGCUUUUGUGUUGUUGGGCAUAUGCUGUACAAUACGUGUGUGCAUCAUCAACACUAUCUCCAGUAGCAGUAACAGCUAAAAUAUCAGUCAGAAAAGUCACCAAUAUAAGUAAUUUAACUUGUAAUUAAUGAAGAAAUAAAAAUAUUAAAUAUAAAAUCUAAUAGCUUAAUAUUUUAAACAAAGUUGAAAUAUAUUAUAUAGCUUCAAAGUACUAGGAAGUAUAUAAUAAGUAGAUACUGAUUAUUGGUACUAGUAGCUGCUGGUUUGGUCCACCCCGCCCGACGAUCAUAGCGCCUCUCUUUCAACAACUGUCGUGUUUUAGAGCUGGCUGCUGGUUCACCGGCUGGUUGGCAUCGCAGCUUGCUGCUGGCUGCCUAGCCUGGCCGCUUGCUUGGCAUACAAUAUACAUAUACUUAACUAGUACACGAAAAUAACAAGCUAAGAGCUCAUCACAGAGCUCAUCUAGCUUUUUGAGCAAAUGACGACAUCAUCAUCGUGAUUAUUUUUAUUAUUUAUUAUCGUGUUUAAUAAUUUAUUAUUUAAUAAUUAAUCACGUUAUCAGUAAGUAAGUCAUUGAGGUUCACAGUGGUAAAGUGGUAGUGGUGAUGGUGAUGAUGAUGUUGUUAUUGAUAAUGAAGCGGCACUGAGAAAUAUAAUCAUCGGUGUGGGCCAUGGGCACGCAAAAACCGGAAGAAUGGGCCAAUUUGCUGAUUACGCGUUUCGAAAACGAGCUGCCAUGUCGAGCCGGUUCUCAGACAACAAAUUCGCGAAUAAACGAGCAGGAGAAUCGAAAAUUUUUGAUCCAAAUAUCACGACACCGUUUCUCCUUGGUAAUAUCUGGAUUGACGAAAAUACUUCAACGUGUCAACGACACACUGCCAGGCACUGGAGGAGGUCAACGAUCGUUUCACAACACCGAUCAGGAACGUAAUUGCUAUGAGUCGAUCAUCAUCGUUCUGGAUACACUUGAACAGUGUCUGGCUAAUCAGCCUAAGGACACUUCUAAUAAAGAUGAGACUAUGAAUGUUAAAUUAUUACUACGACCAAUUUGUCAAUUUAUCAAUAUUUCUAAUGACAGUCUACAACAUGUGCAUAUUAAAAAUUUAGCAAGCAAAGUUUUAUUUGCAUUGAGUCUAAACUUUUUCACAGCAGUAUUUAAUAGGAUAUCUGAUCACCUUCAAGAGCUGACAGUGUGUAAUGAAGAGAAUCCAGACUGCAGUGAUAUCGAAUUGAUUCAACAUAUCAACAUUGACGUUGAUCGACUUAUACAAAUAUUAAACGAAACGGUUCAAAAAUAUAAACUGCUAAAAAAAUCAGCUCAUACAGUCUUGGUAAAUUCACUGGAACGCGCUAUAUGGAAUUGGAUGGACACUUAUCCUCAUGAAUUUGCAGAAGUACAAAAAAAACUAGAUUACAGUGAUACAUCUAAAGAAAUUCAAAAAAAAUCAAAUGAUGCAUUGGCAAAAGUAUGCGGUGAACUGUUUGAUGUACUUGAUACUUAUGCAGAAAAUAAAAAAAGCCGUAAUGUUGCGGGAUGGCCGUUGCAGAUAAUGUUAUUGAUAUUAUCACCAAAGGUAUUGGAGGAGAUAUUGAACGCGAAAACAACAGCACCUUGCUCACCGAAGCAUUCGCGAAAGAAACAAUUUAUCGAUGGAAUUAAACGAGGUCUUGGAAUGCACGGUGGAUCAUCCAGUAGAUCUCUCACUGAAGCUGCUAUAGUUACUUGUGUUAAACUCUGCAAGGCAUCUACUUACAUUAACAAUUUAGAUUCAAGUAACGUAAUUUUUACACUAGUACGGCAAGUUAUCAACGACUUAACGGCACUACUAUUCAACAUCAACAAACCUUUUUCCCGUGGACAGAGUUACAUUGCCCAGGAUAUUGAUAUGAUGAUUGACUGCUUUGUCAGUUGCUUCCGUAAUCGUCUUCAUAAUGAUGAAAUAACAAAAGUCUGUUUAAAUUUAACUGCACCUUCGACUUAUCAAUUUGUUCUUGUCAGUUCUUUGUACAGAAUAGCAACACCACCAAAAUUAUCAUGGUGGCCAGAAAUAAAUCUAGUCUAUCAACGUAGCGCUGAGCUGAGAAAUUUAUUCACUGAUACACUCAACAAAGUAACUCAGAGCUAUAUAUCCCACACAACAUUGAGAAUGAUACCGAGUUUCUCGAUGAAAGGAAAAGAACAAGGAAAGUACAAAGAUCGGGGUGAAGAUAUCGCAAGCCAUCGGAACCUUUUACUGUGGAUGGUAAGACUAAUUCACACUGAUCCAAUGCUGAUGCUAUAUAAUCCUGGUAAAGCUGGCCAUGAGAUUCAAAGUUCAACUCUCGAGUUAAUCAAUGGUCUAGUUUCUCUCGUUCAUCAACCAACAAUGCCGGAUAUUGCCAACGAAGCUAUGGAAGCUCUAUUGGUUUUACAUCAUCCGGAUAAAAUAAAAUCCUGGAAUCCUGAAGCUCCAAUAAAAACAUUUUGGGAUAUCAGCUCCCAGGCUUUAUUUUCCAUUUCUCAGAAGCUUAUUCAGCAUCAAAUAGUUAACUAUACCGACAUCUUGAAGUGGCUCAGAGAGAUUUUAGUACGUAGAAACGCAUUUUUAUCACAAAACAAAGACUAUGCAAACGUUGGAAGUCAAAUAGCUAUUUGUAAACAAGCGCACAUUAAACUAGAAGUCGUUUUCUUUAUGUACCUGUGGAGCGUUGAUAUGGAAUCAGUUUUAGUAGCUCUUUCAUGCUUUUCUUUGCUGUGCGAAGAAGCUGAUAUUAGAUGUGGAAGCGAUGAAGUCGCUGUUACAUGCCUUUUGCCUAACUAUCAUCUUUACAUUGAACUAGCUCAAACUUCAACAGCUUUAAUCACCGCUAGCGGGGAGAGUAAGAUGUGUUAUUAUGAACAUAAUCAGGGACGAGCUGCUUUGCAGAAGCGAAUAAUGGCUCUACUGAGAAAGAUUGAGCACUGUGUCAACGGUGUCCAGCCAGCAUGGGAAGAAACAUUUCGCAAUUGGGAAUCCACGAGUCGACAGCUUACAAAUUAUCCUAAAAAUAAAACCGAGGACGGGCAAGUUGAAUCAUUUCAUCGUAGCACUGGUAAACGUAGAGCUUCUCAUCAGAAUUCUGAGCACGAAUUGGAAGAGCAGAUAAAUGAGUGGGCAAACAUGACUGGUUUUUUGUGCGCUCUAGGUGGUGUCUGUUUGCAAAGAAAGUCUCCUAGUCGACCAAUGUCAUCGGGAAUGCUACCGAAUCCCGAGCCAAAGAAAAGCUCGACAAAACAAAUUGAAGCUGCGUGUCUAGCUAAUCCCACUCAAGAAGUACAAUAUUGCCCUGUCACUCAAUUUGUUUUCAAUCUUUUGCGCCUAUUAAUUUGUAAUAAUGAAAAAUUCGGAGUACAGAUACAAAAACACGUUAAAGAGCUCGUGGGUCAAGAGAUGAGUGCUGCUUUAUAUCCAAUUCUUUUUGAUCAAAUAAAAAGCAUCGUCGAGAAAUUUUUUGAUCAACAAGGUCAAGUGAUUGUCUUGGAUGUCAAUACACAGUUUAUCGAGCAUACUAUUUUUAUAAUGAAGAACGUUCUAGAGUCGAAAUCAGAUCAACCAUCUGAAUACUUGGGAAUGACAAGUAUCGAGGGAAUGACUCUGGCAAUUGUGCGAUACGUCAGACAUUUAGACACUGCAGUAUACACAAUUCAUAUUAAAACAAAAUUAUGUCAGCUUGUAGAAGCAAUGAUGAAGCGAAGAGACGAUUUGGCGUUUCGUCAAGAGAUGAAAUUCCGUAAUAAAUUAGUCGAGUACCUGACAGACUGGAUUAUGGAUACCACUCAUCAGAUUGCUCCUCAACCGAGCACUGGUGACUUGACAACGAUCACCCGUGAUCUUGAGCAAGCUUGUAUGGAAGCAGUAGGUUCACUUUUACGUGGUUUACCGCUGCAACCAGAAGAGUCUGACCGUGGUGACCUGAUGGAAGCAAAAUCCCAGUUAUUUUUAAAGUAUUUCAGCCUUUUUAUGAACUCACUAAAUGACUGCAAUGACGCGGCGAAUGAGGACAAAGAUGUCGUCUCGACUACAAGGAUGAACAGUGUUAAAUUGUCGAGUUUACGUAAUGCCACUAUUCAAGCAAUGAGUAAUCUCUUGAGCGCCAACAUUGACAGUGGACUUAUGCACUCAAUUGAUCUGGGAUACAAUCGUGAUUUACAAACCAGAGCUGCAUUUAUGGAAGUGUUGACCAAAAUCCUUCAGCAGGGAACGGAAUUCGAUACACUAGCAGAAACCGUUUUAGCGGAUCGCUUCGAGCAGCUUGUCCAGCUGGUAACGAUGAUAAGCGACAAAGGAGAGCUACCUAUAGCAAUGGCGCUAGCUAACGUUAUCACCUCUAAUCAAAUGGAUGAAUUAGCGCGUGUAUUUGUAACACUGUUUGACGCAAAACAUCUGCUAUCACCACUUCUGUGGAAUAUGUUUUACCGUGAAGUAGAAGUAUCUGAUUGCAUGCAAACAUUAUUCCGUGGUAAUAGUUUGGGAAGCAAAAUAAUGGCCUUCUGUUUCAAGAUAUACGGCGCUAGUUAUCUUCAGAAUUUACUGGAACCUUUGAUAACUCCGCUAUUGGAUGAUCCCUCUACAAGUUUCGAAGUAGACAGCGCAAGGAUUGAUUCUAAUGAAAAUAUUGAACAGAAUGGAAGAAACUUGAUAGCUUUAACAAAGAAAGUAUUUGACGCGAUUGUUUCUUCAGCUGAUAAAUUUCCACCGCAGUUAAGAUCAAUGUGUCACUGUCUGUAUCAAGUACUCAGCAAAAGAUUCCCCCAGUGUCCACAGAAUAACAUUGGAGCUGUUGGUACUGUUAUAUUUUUACGAUUCAUCAACCCGGCUAUUGUAUCUCCUCAAGAAAUGGGUAUCGUAAACAAACCCGUGCCCAUGCAGAUAAAAAGAGGCCUCAUGCUUAUGUCAAAAAUCCUUCAAAACAUAGCCAAUCACGUAGAAUUUAGUAAAGAACAACACAUGUUACCGUUUAAUGAUUUUCUACGUGCGCGUUUUGAAAUAGGCCGUCGUUUUUUCAUUCAAAUAGCUUCUGACUGCGAAACAGUCGACCAGACUAAUCCACCAAUGUCAUUUGUGUCGGAUGCAAAUGUCCUGGCUCUGCAUCGAUUGCUCUGGAACCAUCAAGAACGAAUAGGAGAUUACUUGAGCAGCAGUAGAGAUCACAAAGCGGUUGGACGUCGACCGUUUGAUAAAAUGGCGACGUUACUUGCUUACCUUGGACCUCCUGAACACAAACCCGUUGAAUCUCAUCUUUUAUUUUCAUAUUCUCGUUGGUCCAGCAUCGAUAUGUCGGCGACAAACUUCGAAGAGAUAAUGGUAAAGCACAAUAUGCAUGAGAAGGAAGAGUUCAAAAGUAUUAAAAGUUUAAAUAUAUUCUAUCAAGCUGGUACUAGUAAACAGGGAAAUCCAGUAUUUUAUUAUAUUGCACGUAGAUAUAAAAUUGGCGAAACAAAUGGCGAUUUACUUAUUUAUCACGUUAUACUCACUCUUAAACCAUUCUGCCACUCACCGUUUGAACUAGUCAUUGAUUUUACUCAUACUUGCUCGGACAAUCGCUUCAGAACGGAGUUCCUUCAAAAGUGGUUCCUAGUUUUGCCUAAAGUUGCCUACACAAAUAUCCACGCAGCCUACAUUUACAAUUGCAAUAACUGGGUAAGAGAAUACACUAAAUUUCAUGAUAGAAUUUUGGCACCACUUAAAGGUAAUCGUAAAGUUAUAUUUAUUGAUUCACCUGCUCGCUUAAACGAUCUAAUUGAUCCAGAGCAACAGAAAUUACCAGGAGCUACGCUGACUCUUGACGAAGAUUUAAAAGUAUUUCCAAGUGCUUUAAAACUUUCACACAAAGACACCAAAGUAUCUAUAAAAGUAGGACCAUCAGCCAUACAAAUAACUUCUGCUGAAAAAUGCAAAGUACUAUCACACUCAGUGCUACUUAAUGACGUUUAUUAUGCCUCAGAAAUAGAAGAAGUUUGUUUGGUAGAUGAUAAUCAAUUCACAUUAACAAUAUCUAAUGAAGCUGGACCCCUUUCAUUUAUUCACAACGACUGCGACAGUAUUGUCCAGUCAAUAAUGCAUAUACGUAAUCGUUGGGAACUAUCUCAGCCUGACUCGAUGUCAGUACACCCAAAAAUAAGGCCUAAAGAUGUACCCGGUACAUUAUUAAACAUGGCAUUAUUAAAUCUCGGGAGUUCGGAUCCCGAUUUGCGUACAGCUGCCUACAAUUUGCUGUGUGCUCUGACAGCGACCUUUGAUUUAAAAAUAGAAGGACAAUUGCUUGAGACCUCGGGGCUCUGUAUCCCAUCAAACAAUACUAUCUUCAUUAAACAUCUGAGUGAAACUCUUGCGGCAAAUGAUCCCCAUCUGACCCUCGAGUUUCUCGAAGAGUGCAUGCAAGGCUUCAAAGUAUCAACUAUUGAAUUAAAGCAUCUCUGCUUGGAGUACAUGACCCCGUGGUUGAAAAAUCUAGUGCGUUUUUACAAACCGAAUGAUGAAGGAGGUAAAAGACAGAAGCAAGUGACCCAGAUAUUAGAAAAAUUGAUAACACUGACAAUUGAAGAAAAUGAAAUGUACCCGAGCAUACAAGCUAAAAUCUGGAGUACUAUCGGGCGACUUCCCGAGCUAAUUGACACAGUUCUCGAUCAUUUUAUCCAGAAGAGCGUAGGAUACGGCCUCGGUUCACCAAUGGUCGAGAUAAUGGCUGAUACAGCGGUGGCUUUAGCCUCGGGAAACGUCCAACUGGUUGCGAAAAAAGUUAUCGGUCGAUUGUGCCGAGUCGUUGAUAAAACUUGUACAUCUCCGACGCCCCUACUCGAGCAGCACAUGAUGUGGGAUGACAUAGCAAUUCUCGCUCGUUAUCUUCUCAUGCUUUCUUUCAACAAUUGUCUGGAUGUCGGCAAACAUCUGCCGUACCUCUUUCACACAGUGACAUUUCUUGUGUGCUCAGGAAGUCUGAGUAUGCGUGCAUCAACCCACGGGUUAGUAAUAAAUAUUAUCCACUCACUCUGUACCUGCAGUUCGCCUUCGUUCUCCGAAGACACUUACCGAGUUCUCAGGAUGAGCCUCGAUGAAUUUUCAUUGCCUAAAUUUUACCUACUCUUUGGAAUCAGCAAAGUAAAAUCAGCCGCAGUGACUGCUUUUCGUUCUAGCUAUCGACAUUCCAAUGAAAAAUGGUUUACAAACGAAAGAACGCUUUGCAAUACUCAAGAUCGCGAAAGACUUUCAUUGACCAGCUUGGAAGUUAUAACAGAUGCCUUGUUGGAGAUUAUGGAGGCUUGUAUGCGAGACAUUCCCCGGUGCGAUUGGCUGAAAACUUGGACGUCUUUGGCUAAGAGUUUUGCUUUUUGUUUCAACCCCGCCCUCCAGCCGCGAGCACUCAUUGUUUUUGGCUGCAUCAGCAAGAGCAUAACAGACCAAGAUAUCAAACAACUGCUACGUAUACUUGUAAAAGCACUUG